UGUGCGGCGGUCUCAGCCUUGCGUGGUAAAGGCGCAGCACCGGAGCAAGGCCAAGUAUCACCGAGGGAUGCGGCUACAUCGGCUUGUCUAGAUGGGAUGGAUCGAAAUUCAACUUAUGUGCUGAAAAUCAAUUUGCUUGGCAACCCAAAAAAGGCUAGAAAGGAUAUCAAAUGCUUCUGUUUUGAUAAGGUUAUUGAUUCCGACUUAACAAAUUAUAAGGACUUGGUUGAAUCAAUCGUAGAGCAGUACUCGCCUCGUUAUUUGGAAGUUGAACAUGUUCAGUACUAUGAUGAUGUUCUUAAAAUCUACCCUGAAGUAACAUCUGACCAAGAAUUGGUGUCGAUGUUUGAGAAACACUCUAAGACAAAGGUUGUGCACAUGUUUGUUGCAUAUUGUGAUCCAUCGGAACCAUAUGAGCCUAUAACGGAGUGGCAUAGUGAUGCGCAUAGCCAACCUAACAACAUAGAACAAGAUGAUGAUGAUUAUCUUCGCAACCCAGUACCUGAGAAUGAGCAUGUUGGUGUUGAUGAGGAAAAUAUUUAUUUAGAGGAUGAACAUGUACCUCUUAUCAUGGUUCCUUGUUCCAAUAAAGAAAAGGACAAAGACUAUGUUCCUGAUCAUGAGAGCGAGGUUGAGAGCGAGGAUGAGAGCAUGUCAGAGGUUGAAGUAGAGGAAGAUGAGGAAUAUCACGAGGCAGAUCAUGCACCACACAUUGAAUAUAAUAAAUUAGAUCCUCCAAUGAACGAAGGAAGAAAAUAUCCCAAUAUGGCAGAGUUUAAAUUGGCGCUCUCUCGGCAUGCAAUCAAACAUGAAUUUGAGUUUGACACCGAAAAGAGUGCACCACAUAGGUUCAGAGCUUAUUGUUCAAGAAGGGAUGAAGAUAAGUGUCCAUGGAGGAUAUAUGCUUCUACAAUGGAAGAUGAGUGCACAGUAAUGGUGAGAAAGAACCCUUGUGGUCAUGAUUGCUCUAGUACAAAAAGAAAAAAGAAGUUGAAGAAUGCAAACAAGCGGUGGAUAUGUGAGCACGUGAAGGACUGGCUAAUUGAGGAUGCAACUCUAGGACCAAAGGCAUUGCGAAAGAAGCUUAAAGAGCAUCAUGGAAUCGACAUCAACUCUAAGAGAGUCUAUAUGGGUAAGCUGCUAGCCUUGAAGGAACUAUAUGGUGAUUGGGAUACAAGCUUUGAUAAUCUGUAUAGUUUCAAGGCGCAAAUUGAAAGUUGCUGCCCCGGUAGCAUAGUGAUCAUUGAUCAUCACACAAUAAAAGAUAAAAUCAGAUUUAAAAGAAUUUUUGUUGCUUUGAAGCCUUGCAUCGACGGGUUCCUUAAUGGCUGCAGGCCAUACUUGGCAGUAGAUAGCACCUUCUUGACAGGCAGGUUCAAGGGGCAGCUGGCUAGUGCUACUGGCGUUGAUGGCCAUAGUUGGAUGUAUCCAGUUUGUAUGGGUGUUUUCGAUUCUGAAACUAAUGAGAAUUGGACCUGGUUCAUGCAAAUGGUUAGACAAGCCAUAGGAUCCCCAAGGGGUUUAACCAUAUGCACCGAUGCUGGGCAACCAGUGAUGACAGGUGUAAAGGAAGUGUUCCCAGAGGCUGAACAUAGGGAAUGUAUGUUUCACUUGGUGUCCAACUUCAAGAAGAAGUUUCAUGGAAAGGUGUUUGAUGACCACCUUUGGGCUGCUGCUUACUCAUGGAACCCAUAUAUAUUUGAAAAACAUUGGGCUGCAAUGGACAUAGCAAAGCCUGCGGCAACUGCAUAUCUUAGGAGGUGGCACACUAGGUUGUGGUCUAGGAGUCAGUUCUCAACAAUUUCCAAGGUGGAUUAUGUUACAAACAACUUGGCUGAGUGCUUCAAUAAUUGGAUUAAGCAUCACAAGUCCUUGAACUUGGACGACUUCUUUGAUAAGGUUAGGCAGAUAAUUAUGAUCAUGUGGAACCGAAGGAGGAAAGUAGCAAGGAAGCUGGUUGGGUUGAUUCUUCCCCACAUUGACAAAUUUAAGGCAGCCUAUGACCAACUAAUUCCUGCCAUGGUUGACAAGAACCAAUGGCCUAAAUCUGACCAUGGAUUCUUCAUGUUUCCACCACUACUAAAAUCCACGGCGGGUAGGCAUAAAACUGAGAGGUAUAAAGGCUGCAGUGAGAAGAAAAGAAAAAGCGGCCAACACUUAUGCCCUAUGUGUAAGGACUAUGGGCAUCAUUGGCAUAAAUGCAAGAAGGGUAACCCAGAUGACAUUGCUGCUAUUUUAGCUGUGAGAGGACCGCCAAAGAAGAGGGCAAAGACCACCAAAGCAUCAAUUGUGCCUUGCGAGGAUGAUGCUCCAGCAGCCUCUAUGUGCUUUCCGCCAAGCCAAAGCUUGGAACCUACAACUACGAAAAAGAGAAAACACGAUAACUCAAUUACUGGAGCAUCAAAAAGGUAA